ACGCAAAAUUACCAUAACCUUGGUGUGAUACCUUUCCGCCAGCGAAGGGAAGUUUGUUGACCUCUGAACUCAGGUUUGUCAUUCGAGCUGGAAAAAACAACAGUCUGACUGUCUGAGCCAAACGAUCCUGGGUGGAAGGCGUUUCUGAUGAUUGGUUGAUAUAUAGAGGACAUGCCUCUGAAUGAUGGGAAGAUGAACUGGCCCCAGAAUGGCCCCGAUGACCAGGUCAGGAGCAUGGUUACUGACAUCCCACAGAUAGCCAGCAGUGAAGAUGAGUCUAGUGAUGGAGGUUCUGAGGAUGAAUCCAUGGACCCAGCAGCAGCAGCUGGGUAUCAGUUGUUACCUCAAGAUCCUGACACUGUCCCGAGUUCUCAUCCUGAGCCAACACAGCCUAACCAAAGUACGUCAGCAGGCAUCUUACUGGGAGGUCACACCAGUCAGGGCUUUCCCAUACCUGCUGCUCCACAUGUGGAGCAUGAUGAUUUCAUCAUUGCCACAGAUGAGGAGGAGACCACCUGUCAGCAGCCUAUGCAACCAGAGCAUGCAGAAUUGGUGAAGUCAGUGAUGGCUGGUUUUCAGCUACCAUCUUCAGCCAUCCCCAGAUGGGCAGAAGAGGUGCCAGAGGACCAGUGGAAGGCUGCUGUCAUGUCACACAUUGGAAAAUCCAACGACAGUCUUGCUGCACAGGCUGAGGGCACUGGAUCCAGUCAA